AUGACUUGGAUCCUGCUUACUGGACUCGCCAUUAGAGCUGUUUUGAUUGCAUAUUCGAGCUAUUACGAUGGUAUAGCGCGCACAAACGGUGGUCCUACAUACACAGAUGUUGAUUAUCGCGUAGUGAGCGAAGCUGCUGAGUUAGUCCACGGUGGGCAGUCACCAUACGAGCGGAGGACGUACAGAUACACGCCGCUGCUAUCGUGGAUGCUCCUUCCGAAUAUAACACUCGACGAGAAUUUCGGUAAAAUUCUCUUCUCGUUGGCAGAUCUGGCAAUUGGUGUGAGUGUGGAUAGGAUUCAGCGGAAACUGCGCGUCGGUCGCAGAGGAGGCUAUGUAUCUCACCUCUUGUGGACACUAAACCCAGUCGUUAUUUCUAUUUCCACCAGAGGCUCCCCGGAAUCCCUCAUAGGCGUACUUGUCAUGUCCACACUCGAUUUGCUCCUGCAUGAGCAGUACACGCUCAGCGCAGUAUUCAUGGCACUCAGCGUUCAUUAUAAGAUAUACCCUUUCAUAUACGCACCUUCGAUACUCGCUCACAUGUGGUCUAAGACGAGGUCGUUUACGCGGAUGGCCUCUUUCUCGGCUAUCAGUUUGGGCGUCUUUGCAGCUGUGAAUGUGGCCAUGUACAGGAUAUACGGCAUGCAGUUUGUGGAAUCGACCUACCUCUACCACGUGGGGAGGAAGGACCACCGACACAACUUCACGCCCUACUUCUACCCCACCUACCUCAAUUACGACGUUCAACCAGACACGGUCUCACUCUUCUCCAAUCCAGUCCUCUCACUCGUACCGCAACUCAUCCUAUCACUUGGAUUAGGUGUUGUGUACGGCGGAGUGGAUCUCCCACUCGCUUGGUUUUUGCAGACGUACGCGUUUGUCACUUUCAACAGGGUUUGUACAUCGCAGUACUUCCUCUGGUACAUUUGGCUCUUGCCUGUCGUUCUGCCAUCGUUGAAUCUCUGCACGAAGCAAAAAGUGGUUUUGCCGAUAUUGUGGCUUACUUCACAGGCUGUGUGGCUUUCUAUCGCAUAUAGGUUGGAGUUCCUCGGCCAGCCUCUGUUUAUACCUCUGUGGAUAGCAAUACACGAGCACGUACACUCACACAUACCAAAUUCAAACAACCAAACUAGUGUGAUACUAUGCAUUAUUCGAUUGAUUGACAAUGUUCGUUUUUCAAAGACUGAUGUUAUCAAUGAGUGUCUUGAUGUGUUCAAUUAG